CGUGGCCCAGCAAAGAUAACCAUCGCUCACAGCUGGUUCUGGUCCCAAGUUGCGCGCCUCGAUCGCAUCAACCGCGUUUUUGAAAGUCGCCGACUCCGAACCGUAGCAUCCAUCGUCAGCAAUCGCCAUGGCGUCGACGUUUCCUGUGAACAGGCAGACCGCUAUUGGGCUACUCGUCCUCCUCUUCUUCCUGUGGUCACUUUCGACGUUUACUCAGACAACAUCGACAACGCCUAUACAUAUUACACAUGACGAGUCUGCCAAUCCUGUAGGCCAACCUCAGUACCCGAAUAGCAACAGCAAUGCCGCGAACAAGCAGACGCCCCAUGAGUCCUCGAACCCGCCCCACGAUAUCUCGCGCCCAGACAAGUCGCCCGAGUACUCCCUCCCGCCAUGGUACGAGGACGACGAAGACAAGGCAGCCAAGGUUGCUUCCCAAACGACUGCCAAGGGAGCGAAGCAGACCGCGAGCGCGGCCUCUAACAAGGGCGCAAGCGAGAGCUCGUCUGCCCCUACGUCUCUGAAAUCACAUUCGUCGCCCUCCUCCUCCACCUCGAAACAAUCAUCCGACUCCAAGGACCGCAGCCGUCCUCUGAUCCUUUACGCCUACGCCGAGUCUGACGCGGGCCGCGAAAACCUCCAAUUCUUCGUCAAGCAGGGUCUACACGACGCUGCCGACUUCAUCUUUAUCCUCAACGGCGAGACCAACGUUAGUAGUGUCAUCCCAGUAAAGGAUAACAUCAAGAUCAUUGAACGGGACAAUACAUGUUUCGAUCUCGGUGCAUACGGCGAGGUGCUCCGGAAAGACGGGUUGUACAAGAAAUACAAGCGCUUCAUCACCAUGAACGCGAGUAUUCGCGGUCCUUUCCUGCCUCACUGGGCGCAGUCGUGCUGGACUGACAUGUAUCUGGACCGCCUCACGGACAAAGUCAAGUUGGUUGGCAUGACGGCAAACUGCUGGCCCCAAUUCCACGUCCAGUCCAUGAUCUGGGCCACCGACAACGUAGGCAUGGACCUGCUCCUCAACCCUCCACCGGGCUCCUCCGUCAAGGACGACUUCGGCACCGAGAACGACCCUGUCGGCCUGGCGGGUUGCUACGACGGCUGGAACCACGCCGUGCAUGCCGAGAUUGGCGCUACGAGCACCUUCUUGAAGCAAGGCUACAAGGUGGACCUAAUGAUGACAGCGUUCCAGAAGUCCAAGAACUACAUUGAGGAGUGUGACACAUCCCAGAACGGCGACGUUCUCUGGAACGGAAAGUACUUUGGCACUAAUGUGCACCCGUACGAGACCAUCUUUAUCAAGGCCAACCGGGACAUUGACCCGACUCUGAUCAGGCAUCUCACGACCUGGCAUCAAGCGUCUGGCUUUGACAGCUAUGCCGCUUGCAAGUCGAGUUCAUAGUGGGUUGAUCUAUGUUUUGUAUGUAGUGUUGGGCGCUCGGCGUUGG